ACAGCAGCAGCAGGAAGUCGGUGGGCCCCUUCCGGGGGCUGAGGCCACUUGCUCUCCGAGGGGAGAACACUGGACCCUUCCCCAUACAACUCCUAUCUCUGGGCCCCGAGUGUGUUCAUGGCGAAGUCCCCGGAGAACUCUGCCCUGGAGGAGAUUCUGGGGCAGUAUCAACGGAGUCUCCGGGAUCGUGCCAACAGAAGCAUUCACCAAUUGAAAUGUGCCCUGAGAGAAGGUGAUGUCACUAUUGGAGAAGAUGUAAUGGAUCCUUCUUUUAGUACCAGUGUAGGAAAUGAGGAUUCUGGGAAUGCCUGGCGUGAACUGCAACACAGCCAUGCUGUUAAUCAACUCAAAGCUUUGCUAUGCCAACAAGCAACUAAGGAAAGUGAGAUAUCUCCAAGAAGACAAAAAUUGUCCCCUUUGAAGUCAUCAGAAUAUGAGGAAACUGAUAUGACUGCUAUACACAAUUUUGUUCCCAUCAUCAGUGACCAGUCUCAAUACAUUCAUCAUUUAGAGGCAGAAGUCAAGUUCUGUAAGGAGGAACUCUCUGGAAUGAAAAAUAGGGUACAAGUAAUUGUGCUUGAAAAUGAAAGGCUCCAACAAGAGCUGAAAUCUCAAAGGCAAGAGGAAGCAAUGAGGGAACAAACACUUCUGGAUGCAUCUGGAAAUAUACAGAAUUCUUGGAUUACAACAGGUGAAGAUUCUAGGGUGGAUGAAGCUGCCAAGAGAUCAUUUUCCCAUGGCAAUGCAGAUAUUAUCAAAGCUGCAUCUGCUAGUGAGGCUGAAAAAUGGAAACUAGAACUGGAGAGACUAAAACUUACUUAUGAAGAAAAGAGUAAAAUCCUGGAAUCUCAAUUGAUGUUUUUGAGGAAAGACCUAGUUGAAUAUCAGAAAAAUUGUGAAGAUCUUAAAGAGCGACUAAAGCAUAAGGAGUCUCUUCUUGCUGCUAAUAUUUCUAACCAUGUUGGUGGUCUUUGUUUGAAAUGUGCUCAGCAUGAAGCUGUUCUUUCCCAAACCCACAAUAAUGUUCACAUGCAGACCAUUGAAAGACUGUCUAAAGAAAGAGAUGACUUAAUGUCUGCACUAGUUUCCGUGAGGAGCAGCUUGACAGAGGUGCAGCAAAGAGAAGUCAGUGCUUAUGAGCAGGUGAAACAAGCUGUGCAAAUGACUGAGGAGGCCAACUUUGAGAAAACCAAGGCUUUAAUCCAGUGUGAACAGUUGAAGAAUGAACUGGAGAGGCAGACAGAGCGACUUGAGAAAGAACUCGCAUCUCAGCAAGAAAAAAGAGCCUUUGAGAAAGAGAUGAUGAAAAGAGAAAUAACAAAAGAAAGAGAGGACAUGGGCUUAAAGACGUUGACCCUAUCUGAGAGUAUUGCCCAACUGGAGACUCAGGUGGAAAAGAUUACAAGAGAGAAAAUUUCGGCUGUUAAUCAACUAGAGGAAGUUCAAAACCAGCUUGCUUCCCGGGAAAUGGAUGUCACAAAGGUGUGUGGAGAAAUGCGCUAUCAAUUGAAUAAAACCAAAAUGGAGAAGGAUGAGGCAGAAAAGGAGCACAGAGAGUACAGAACAAAAACUAAAAGGGAUCUUGAAAUUAAAGAUCAGGAAAUAGAGAAAUUGAGUUUAGAACUGAGUGAAAGCAAGCAGCACUUGGAACAGGAGCAGCAGAAGGCAACCCGGGCCAGAGAGGAGUGCCUGAAACUGACAGAACUGCUGGGCAAAUCUGAGCACCAACUGCACCUCACCAGACUGGAAAAAGAUAGCAUUCAGCAGAGCUUUAGCAACGAUGCAAAGGCCCAAGCCCUUCAGGCCCAGCAAAGAGAGCAGGAGCUGACACAGAAGAUACAGCAAAUGGAGGCCCAGCAUGACAAAACUGAAAAUGAACAGUAUUCAUUGCUGACCUCCCAGAAUUCAUUUCUGACAAAGUUAAAGGAAGAGUGCUGCACAUUAGCCAAGAAACUGGAACAAAUCUCUCAGAAAAGCAGAUCUGAAAUAGCUCAGCUCAGUCAAGAAAAAAGGUAUACAUAUGACAAACUGGAAAAGUUACAGAGAAGAAAUGAUGAAUUGGAGGAACAGUGUGUCCAGCAUGGGAGACUACAUGAGAUAAUGAAGCAAAGGCUACAGCAACUAGACAAGCACAGCCAGGCCACAGCCCAGCAGCUGGUGCACCUCCUCAACAAGCAGAGCCAGCUUCUGCUGGAGAGACAGCCUGUCUGAAGAGGUGGGACGUCUGCGAUCCCAGCAUGCCACAAUCUGAUUGCUGACCUGGAUGAAACAGUGAAAUAAAUGAUUUACAAAGAGAUAUUUACAUUCAUCUGAUUUAUACGUAAUAUGUCACAAUGCACCGCGACCUUCCCAGUGGACCCCACCUUAGACUGCGGCGGGCUGCGUCAUCACCGCCACAUUCAUUGCCAAGCGGUCCCUGCAGGAUGGAUGGGUUGGAGCUGAAGUCUGACACUAGAUGAGGAGACCUCCUGGUGUAUGUUUUCAGAAAAGGUUCGAAGUUAUUAUGUUUUUAUAUCUGCUCAUUUGUAUGCUUU